AUGAAUGUAUUCGCCGUUAAGACCGACACGCCGUCCUGGAUCGGCACUGGGCAAUUCCAGGGACCCUCUUCAGAUAUAUUGAUACCACCAGCCUCCCUUUUGGAGAAUUUCCAACUCCCGUACCACCCUCGCUUGGAUAUGACAUGGUUGAAGGCCAUGCGAUUGAAAGAAUGGAGCAAGGCAUCCGGCACGGGCCGAGAUAUCCAGAUACCCAGAUAUACAAACAAAGAACUGAAUUCAAACCAUCGCAACCGCUCUCAUGAGCCGGGUAUUUCCAUCGUUCCGUUGCAGCAGACCGCCAUUACAGGGUGGCCAAAGAUCCGGCAAUCCUCUCCCACAGAGAGCCCUUUGCAUGUACCCCCCGUUGCCCCAUUACAGAAAUCCCGUCAAGCGUCCCGGCCUGACAGUUAUCCGGUUAUAGGUGUCGUCUUAAUUAUGUACGUGCCAUCUCCCACCCCGAAGACGUAG